GCUGCAGUGCUGCUCCGCGGGCACCCCAGGCCCGCCCGCUGCCUGCUGUUGCCGACAUGGAACCCGUGGCCAGCAACAUCCAGGUCCUGCUGCAGGCGGCCGAGUACCUGGAGCGCCGCGAGAGAGAGGCCGAGCAUGGCUACGCGUCCCUGUGCCCGCACCGCAGCCCAGGCCCCGUCCACAGGAGGAAGAAGCGGCCCCUCCAGGCUCCUGGCGCGCUGGACAGUGGGCGGUCUGUGCACAACGAGCUGGAAAAGCGCAGGAGAGCCCAGCUGAAGCGGUGCCUGGAGCAGCUGAAGCAGCAGAUGCCCCUGGGGGCUGACUGUGCCCGAUAUACCACCCUGAGCCUCCUGCGCCGAGCCAGGGUACACAUCCAGAAGCUGGAGGAGCAGGAGCGGCAGGCUCGGCGGCUGAAGGAGAAGCUGCGCAGCAGGCAGCAGAGCCUGCAGCAGCAGCUGGAGCAGCUCCGGGCGCCGGCAGGACCAGGCGAGCGGGAGCGGCUGCGGACAGACAGCUUGGACUCCUCAGGCCUCUCCUCUGAGCGCUGGGACUCAGACCAAGAGGAGCUGGAGGUGGACGUGGAAAGCCUGGUGUUUGGGGGCAAGGCAGAGCUGCUGCGGGGCUUCAGCGCUGGCCAGGAGCACAGCUACUCACACAACUUCCCACAUGGUGAUGGUGCCUGGCUAUGACCCUUGCUGCCCCAGAGCGGCCUCUGCCCUCUGCUCAUGGCAGGCUGACCUAGCCAGGCGGCCCUUCCCAGGCUUCAAUGGCUGCCUGGAAUCACCUGUCAGAAUGAACUAAAAGGA